AUGAAACCAAUUGCGAAGAUUUACCAUGUGUUAGUUACACGAUAUACAUAUAGUGAUGGUUUAUGGACGCGUUUAGAUGGAAAUGAUGCAAUUAAAUGUCCCAAUACAUUGAAUGAUCAGCGUCGUCAGAAUAAUAUUUCUCUAAGCCAUUAUUGUAUUGAUCCUUAUAGCGGAGAUAUGGGUUGUUUACCAAUUAAAUAUGCAGCUGAUACAUAUGUUCAUUGUCUUGGUGCUACUAAUGAACAAUAUCAUUGUCAAGAAGAAUAUCCAUUAGAUUAUGAUAAACGAUUUAAAUGUUGGAAUUCAUCGAUAUGUAUUAGUCCACUUCAACUUUGUGAUUGUCAUGUGGAUUGUCCAUUUGAAGAUGAUGAAAAUGAUUUAUUAUGUCGAUGGGGUAAAAAUCAAUGUCAUCCAGGUUGUGUCGUUUUACAACUUGAAACAUCAGCAAUAUUUUAUCGUCAUUUAGUUUCAUUAAUUGAUCCUCGAAAUGGUACAAUUAUAUCUUAUGAAGAUAUUUUAUAUACACCUGAAUAUCAAUGUACUCCAAAGAUUUAUUUCAAUUUAUUAUAUUCUCAAUUAUUAUCCGAUAAAGAACAAUCGAAAAUAUUACGUUCAAAUUGA